CAGCUGGACUAAGUUGGCAAGUCAGCCAUAUUGCAGCCAGAGGGGAGUAAAGGAGCACCGGGGGAGAGAAGAGCUGGGCACCUCGGGCACUGACUGCCAUCUACAGCGGAUCUGCUUUAGUACGGAAUCUGGAAAUUACAUCAUUUUUUCUUUGGUGGGCAACUUCAGAAAGAACCAAACAUGCCAAAACCGGUCAAUGUACGGGUGACCACUAUGGACGCGGAGCUGGAAUUUGCCAUACAGCCGAACACUACUGGCAAACAGCUUUUUGAUCAGGUGGUUAAGACGGUGGGACUUCGUGAGGUGUGGUACUUUGGACUGCAAUACAUGGAUACUAAGGGUUUCCCAACUUGGUUAAAACUUGAUAAAAAGGUAUCAGCACAGGAAGUCAGAAAAGAAAACCCACUUCAGUUCAAAUUCCGUGCCAAGUUCUUCCCUGAGGAUGUGUCUGAGGAACUGAUCCAGGAGAUCACUCAGAAACUGUUCUUCCUGCAAGUAAAAGAUGGUAUACUGAGUGAUGAAGUGUACUGCCCUCCUGAAACAGCUGUCCUUCUUGGGUCGUAUGCUGUACAAGCCAAAUUCGGAGACUACAGCAAAGAUAUCCACAAAUCUGGAUAUCUGAGCCCAGAACGCCUUUUGCCACAAAGAGUGUUGGAUCAGCACAAGCUUUCCAGAGAGCAGUGGGAAGAGAGGAUUGAGGUGUGGCACACGGAGCACCGCGGAAUGCUUAAAGAAGAUUCAAUGCUGGAAUACCUGAAGAUAGCCCAAGACUUAGAAAUGUAUGGCAUCAACUACUUUGAAAUUAAGAAUAAAAAGGGAACAGACCUCUGGCUGGGAGUUGACUCACUGGGCUUGAAUAUUUAUGAACAUGAUGACAAGCUGACUCCAAAGAUUGGGUUUCCCUGGAGUGAAAUUAGAAAUAUCUCCUUUAAUGAUAAGAAAUUUAUUAUCAAGCCAAUCGACAAGAAAGCUCCAGACUUUGUCUUCUAUGCUCCACGCCUGAGGAUUAACAAGCGGAUCUUGCAGUUGUGUAUGGGUAACCAUGAGCUGUACAUGCGUCGCAGAAAGCCAGAUACUAUCGAGGUACAGCAGAUGAAAGCACAGGCUAAGGAAGAAAAGAACCAGAAGCAGCUUGAACGGCAACAACUUGAAAAUGAGAAGAAAAAGAGGGAAGCGGUGGAGAAAGAGAAGGACCAGAUGAUAAGAGAAAAGGAGGAACUCAUGUUCAGGUUGCAUGAAUAUGAAGAGAAGACUAAGAGAGCAGAGAUAGAAUUAUCUGAACAGAUAAGAAAAGCCCAUGAGCUGGAGGAAGAAAGGAAAAGAGCUCAGUUUGAAGCAGAAAGAUUGGAGGCAGAACGCAUUGCUGCUCUCCGUGCCAAAGAAGAGCUGGAGAGACAAGCUGUUGAUCAGAUGAAGAGCCAGGAGCAGUUGGCCUUAGAGCUUGCAGAGUAUACAAAUAGAAUUACCCUUCUGGAGGAAGCAAAGAGAGCCAAAGAAGACGAGGUGGGCGAAUGGCAGUUAAGGGCAAGGGAAGCUCAGAGUGACCUCCUGAGAACUAAGGAAGAGCUACAUAUAGUCAUGAGCACCCCUCCACUGCCCCCUCCUCCACCUCCACCUGCAUAUGUGCCCAUCAAUGUGCCCAUCAGAGAAUACGUGAAUGAGCACCUGCCAGAGGAUGGAGUGGAGUUUAGUGCAGAAUUCACAAAUGACAACUUUUAUGAUGAUCGCAAGGAGGAGUCACGCAUUACAGAAGCAGAGAAAAACGAACGUGUACAGAUGCAGCUAAUGGCUUUGACAAGUGAAUUGUCUCAAGCACGAGAUGAAACCAAGAAAACUCACAAUGAUUUGUUGCACACAGCGAACAAGCAAAUGGGCCGCGACAAGUACAAGACGCUGCGGCAAAUCCGACAGGGCAACACAAAACAGAGAAUCGAUGAGUUUGAAGCUAUGUAAUGGAUGUCCAGUGUCAGAAAACACAUUGUAUCUCCUUCAAGAAUUUUUUGAAGGCUCUUUGAAUAAUAACAAUGUACAGUUGACGUUAAAUGGCAACAAAAGCAGAAAAAACAGCUUGAAAAUAUUGUUUAUUCUCCACUUUACGAAAUUUAGACAGCUACAUGCUGAAAGCAUUGUAGCAAAAAGAAGUUUUCUAUAACGGGGGUCAAAAUGCUUUACGGUUGCCCCAAGCAACCGCAGCUCAUUUUUGCACCAUGCAAUUAUUUAAGUAAAUAGUUUAUUAGAGAUUAUGUUUAUCAAGCUUAAUAAUUAACAGUUGAAAUUGUGGUGCCAAAAGGUUCCUUGUUCUUUGACUUUGGAGCAAAAUAUUUUUUUUCCAUAAUAGUCAGCUGUUUGGCGCCAGAUUGUAUACACUGAUGCAGAAGGGUCAUUUUGUUUUUAUUAUUUUUUUCACUGUAAAUCGCAUUGGUGUAUGCCUUUGAUUAAAGAUUUCUUGGGUGAAUACUGUGCCAUAUAUUUUCUGUGUAAUUUUUCACUGCUUACAAAAAUAUGUAUUUAGCCUUGAUGGUUAACAUAUAAGCCAGAUCAAAUUUUUGAGUGUUAAAACAUUUAAAAAAAAUAAAGUUAAGCUAUGUCAAUGAA